AGCGGCGGAGCUCCCAGCCGAGGAGCGUCACAGCGCCGGUGUCGGUUUCCACUGUCGGAGUGAAAGUUGUCUCCGCUUGGAAAAGCGGGGGGAUCGGGACUCGCUAGUUUGCACCUCGCUUGCUUCACGCGCUUAUUCCCGGAGAGAUGAGGCGAAAAGAGAAGCGGCUGCUGCAGUUCGCUGGGCUGCUCAUAGCGGCUCUUCUUUUCCUCCCAAAUGUCGGGUUGUGGUCUUUGUACAAGGACAGAGUCUUCGACAACUCGCCCGACACAGUGGACGGUCCGGGCGGCAUCCCCCUGAUACAGGGAGUGAAUCGAGUGGGGAAGGAUGCUCUGUUGGGACGCAACGGUGUGCGGCGAAAAGACUGGCACGAUUAUGAAGCAAUCAAAAGAGACGCCUCUCGAUCUGGUAAUGGUGAACAGGGGAAGCCAUUCCCCCUGACAGAUGCUGACCGGGUUGAUCAAGCCUACAGAGAGAACGGCUUCAACAUUUACGUCAGCGACCGGAUCUCCUUGAACCGCUCCGUCCCUGAUAUCCGCCAUCCAAACUGUAAAAACAAGCUGUAUGCAGAGAAGCUGCCCAACACCAGCAUCAUCAUCCCAUUCCAUAACGAGGGCUGGUCGUCCCUGCUGAGGACUGUUCACAGCGUGCUCAAUCGCUCUCCUCCACAGCUCAUAGCAGAGAUCAUCCUGGUCGACGACUUCAGCGACAAAGAACACCUUAAGGUGGCGCUAGAGGAGUACAUGGUACGGUUGCCAAAGGUUCGCAUUCUGAGGACCAAGAAGAGGGAGGGUCUGAUCAGGACUCGCCUGCUUGGAGCGGCUGCAGCUAAAGGAGAAGUCCUCACCUUCCUGGACUCACACUGUGAAGCUAAUGUCAACUGGCUGCCUCCACUGAUGGACCGAAUCGCCCAGAACAGGAAGACUAUCGUCUGCCCAAUGAUUGAUGUCAUUGACCAUGACAACUUUGGCUAUGAAACACAGGCGGGUGACGCCAUGCGAGGAGCAUUUGACUGGGAAAUGUACUACAAGCGGAUCCCCAUCCCUGCAGAGCUGCAGAAGGAUGACCCCAGUGAACCCUUUGAGUCUCCAGUGAUGGCAGGCGGGCUGUUUGCUGUCGACAGGAAGUGGUUCUGGGAGCUGGGAGGAUAUGACACGGGCCUAGAGAUUUGGGGAGGGGAGCAGUACGAGAUCUCCUUCAAGGUGUGGAUGUGUGGGGGUCGGAUGGAGGACAUUCCUUGCUCCAGGGUUGGACACAUCUACAGGAAGUACGUCCCCUACAAAGUUCCUGGGGGCGUCAGCCUUGCCAGGAACCUGAAGAGAGUCGCAGAAGUGUGGAUGGACGAGUACGCCGAGUACAUUUACCAGCGCAGGCCUGAGUACCGCCACCUGUCGGCAGGAGACAUGACGGUGCAGAAGGAGCUGAGGAACCGUCUCAACUGCAAGAACUUCAAGUGGUUCAUGUCCGACGUGGCCUGGGAUCUGCCCAAACACUACCCACCUGUGGAGCCUCCUGCUGCUGCAUGGGGAGAGAUCCGUAAUGUGGGUAGUGGGAUGUGUAUGGAGAGUAAACACUUUGUGUCCGGGAGCCCCAUCCGCCUGGAAAGCUGCGUGAAGGGACGAGGUGAUGUGAGCUGGAGUCAUGGACAAGUGUUUACAUUUGGCUGGAGAGAGGACAUUCGGGUGGGCGACCCCAUGCACACAAAAAAAGUUUGCUUCGAUGCCAUUUCCCACAACAGCCCCGUCACCCUGUAUGACUGCCACGGCAUGAAAGGCAACCAGCUGUGGCGCUACAGAAAGGAUAAGAGUCUGUAUCACCCCGUUAGCAACAGCUGUAUCGAUAGCAGCCCGAAUGAGCGGCGGAUCUUCAUGAACACGUGCAACCCCUCCUCUGCCACUCAGCAGUGGCUGUUUGAGAGAACCAACGCCACUGUGCUGGAGCACUUCAAUCGGGGCACCAACUGAGACCCUGCAGCAUCCACGAGAAAGGACUCAUGCAGAAUUGAAGCUGCUGCUGAUGUUAUUGCGAAUUGGGGUGUUCGCCAUUUACCUAGCAAUGAGGUGACAGCUGUUUCUGUUUGGGGUGCUGGGAGCGAGGCAGGCUGGGGCAUGUUGGGGGUUAGUUAAACACAUUAGCUUAAGGAAAGACUGGGUUGGCCUUUGAUUGAUGGAAUUGUGUGUUAAAGUGAGUGUGUGUAUGUGUUCUGUUGGAGUGCUGCUGUGGCAGUAGGUCUGUCUCACUUCCUGAUUUUGUUUCUUUAAUCAUCUUUCUCUUGAUGUCUUUUUGCCUAUAUUUUAUCUCCCACUCUUUAGCUGUUGCCAUUCUUUCCCCAUCCUUACUGUUCCCUCUUUGAGGGUUUGUUGUUUGUGGUCUCUCUCUCUCUCUCUCUCUCUGUCCAUCUAUCUCUUAUCCUCCCAUCUCUCCUCCCUCCUUUUUCAGCUGGUCUACCUCUGCCUGCAUGUCCGUCUCUAUCUGCCUGCAUGACUGCACCUUUGCCCACCUUUUUCAUUCUCCAUCUCAAAUACCUUUAUGUCUCUCCAGCUCUGACAACCUCCCUGGGGGUAGAAGGGGGUUGGGGGGGGUGGCUCCUUGCUGAGCCAAAGUCAUACUGACACCUGGGUGAAGCCAGGCAGAACCACUCUGAAAAUCACCUGGUGAAGUGAUUCUCCUUUACAACCUUCUGUUCCCUCCCUCAUCCUUCCCCUGUGCAUCUCCUGGGCUGCAGGCAGAGCUGCUUUGAAUGUACCAAGUGAAAGUUAACAAGGACGGUGCAAGAGGAUGAGACCUUUUGCACGUGCCUCACUAAUUUUUCCUUAUUCUCUACUUUCCUCUCUGUAUUUAUUGAUUAAUUAUUCACAGAUUUGUCACUGUGCCACCUUCUUCUUAUAUUCCUCACAAGCGAGUGCUGUCCGAUGGCGGGGUUUGUGCAGGCCGACUCCUGCUGGUUAAUGGUGCAGUCAGACUGGAUUUUGCUUUUUCUUUUCUUUUCAUGUCUGUGUGGAACAGGGCGAGAUGCUUUUGUUUCGAUUGCAAAUCGAUCCGCCUCCUGCAGUUUGUAAGUUCAGUCUGAGCUUUGAUCCACAAACUCACAAGACACCACACAAAGUCCAAAAACAGUAGCGAAAGAGGGGCGGGACUCACACUGGAAAUGUAUUGAGACCAGGUUUUCAUUAUGCAAAAGAUUUUUAAAAAAUCCAGAUGAGCACACAGGCCAUGAUCAUCCCAUUCUGUAGUUUAUCCUUCACUGUUUUCUUCGUAGAGAACCUGCAUCACUUAAAUUAGACAGCAAGAAUACAGACUGUCUGUGAGGCCUCCAGAAAUAAAGGCGAUGAAUGGAAGAUCCAAGGUAAGGUCAUCACACUCCAACAAGGGCAUCCUUUCAGAUCUCAAAGGGACCCGUUUCAAAAAGCCCCUCAAAACAGUGACUACUAAAUCAGGAAGGAAGUGUUCAGAAUUUAGUUUUAAGGCUGCAUGGUGACUGCUGGUGUUAGUGCACUAGCUGUGCUACUUUCUGUCACCUAUAUUUUAAUCUUUCUUACUACAAUCUCAUACUAUUUGCAGUAAACAAGCACACAUGCUUUUUUUUUUGGCACAGUACAUACAGCGUACAUACUACUGCAUUCAACAAUGUGUACUUUUUUAGGGGUGUACCAAAAGCAAAUAGAGAAAAAUAUGCAAUUUCAAAUGCACUGUAACUUUUCCCAAGGCAAACUUCUGAUUGACUGCACCAUGAGGAUUUGUCUGUCAUUGUGGGAGUGGGAGUCGCUGUCACACCUCUUAGAGUUUCUCCCUUGCUUUAUGUACACUAUUUGCUGCUUUCCACUCAGUCACUGAAGCGACCUGGUCACAGACAGCUGAGUAAAGGGUCUCGUCAGUUCAGAGCAGCAGGCACCACCACAAACUGAUGCCUGCCUGGAUGGCUGGCCAUGUGACUGACAGGCCAGCUGAUUCUCAGCAGGGCCGCCUGAUUGGCCGGCCGCCAAGCUGAUACGUCAUGUUCGAGUACAGUGUGAGCGGGAGGAGAGACAAAAAGGGGAAUUACCUCGGAUAGACUCGCUAAGGUAGCUCUGGGAUUGAGAUGAAUGUGGGGGGAUUUAAAAUGUAUUAAGCACUUAUGGAAUGAUAAACUUGAAUGAAAUCUUAGUGCCUUGUUAGAAGAGGACUAGAUGUUGCUGUGUGUAUUUGCAAAAAGUGUGUGUGGCCCCAAAGGUCCAGAUCAAACUAGGGACCAAUUCUUCAAUUCAGGUGAGGAACUUUGUUUGGAAAAUUUUGUGCUGUCAAAAAAAAAAAAAAAACUCCUGAAGUCCUGGAACUGAAUUGAAUGAAUUUACCGCUGGUGCAGGGCCUUGAAUGCACCGCUGGCUUUGUGGCUCUUGUAAAACGUUCAAUGAACACACGUAACUGCUGGCUGUGAAUAGAGCUAAAAAGACUGUUUUUUCCAGCAUAUUUGCUCCUGCUGUCAAAAGUAAACCACAGCCCUAAAAGGACCUUUGUUGUAUUUAAAUAUGAUGCUGUGUUGUCCAAUCCAGAAUAUUAGGAAAUUGCUGUCUUUGUUUACCAGUGUCUCCAUCUGCCUUUAUUAAUCUCUCCUUUCAGGCUGUUUUUAAUCAAAUGUUCUUUCAUCCUUUCUUUUGAUCCUGUGGUUUAACUGAUGGUGAUUUUGCUUGAAUCCCUGUUUGACACAGUGUUUUGGGAUGUUCUGGUCUGUCGCCUGCACCCAUUCUCUAAUCCCAUUUUGUGAAGCAGAACAAUGUUCAGUGUGUGCCAUUUUAAUAAUCAGAUCCAGGUACUGGGCUCUGGAAGAUAUCAACAUGCAGCAGUAGACUCAAGGAAAUAGUAAUGUUCACUUAAAUAUCUCAGCAUUUAUGUCAUAAAUUAGCCUACACUGCGGGGGGGGGAUACAUUGAGCUUCUUUUUGUGUGCAGAUUGAAACUUUUUUCCAUUGUGCAACACAAAUGCAAAGCUGAUUUUAUCACUAUCGAUGCAAACAUUGAUUUCUUGUUUCCAAACCACAGUAUUAAGCAAUUCUGUAUUAUCACAUAAACCAAGUCCCCUGUUUAGAUAGAGUUGGUAGAACAGAGUUGCAGUGAGAUUAUUGAGAUGUGACAAUAGAAAACACUACUGUAUGUAAUAAUAUUUGAGCAUGAUGAAUAACUAAGUUCAAACUUUAUUUACACUUUAAGAAAAUCCCAAGUUAAAUGACAGUAAAUUACUGGCAGUUAAUUUACCAAUAACUGUUAUUUUGCAUCAUACCAACAGUAAAGUACAGCAACAGUUUAUACUAUAAAAAUCUUAUGGUACUAUGUGCUGUAAUAUUGUCUGCUGCUUAGUUGUCAUUGUCGUGUCUUUGUUUUGUUUUUUAAUUUUUUUGUAGUAGUAGUAUUGCUGUUGUGCUCUUACUAAAUCCACACUGGUUUGGUAGGUAAAGAGCUGGUAAAUCUUUAGUAAACAAACUGAACUAAUUAGUUAAAAGUAAGCUGAAGUUCAUCAGCAAAUGACUUUAAUAAAUGAUUAAUAUACGAGCUAACUUCAUACCUUAUGGAGGAUAAGCCCAGUGUUGCAUAGUGUAGCAAAAGAGACAAUCAGCCAUUUAUGUUCAAUUUUCACACCCUUACGUAAUUCAUUACAUGUCUCCAAGUGAUUUGACCAAUAAAUGACCUCACAAUGUAUUUAUUUUGUGCAGUUUUAAAUCCGUCUUCAUCAAGUCUACUCUGUUUAAAAGAAAGAGCGAAAGAAAAUCGAGAGUUUUGAACUCUUAACAGCAGAGUUAAGUUUUUCUUUUUUCCUCUUUUUUUCUUUUCUCCCUGCAGACCUUUGAGCUACACGCCUAGAUGCUUUGUACAUUGUCACAUUGUUAAAAGGUGACUUGGAAUUGCUUCUUCAGACCACUGAGUAAGGUUACCAGUAGAUGACUCAACAGGACCAAAUUGAUCAGACAUCUGACAUAUCUUUUAUACACUGUAAUCCCAGAUAUAUAUAUUUUAUUAUUAUUUCUUUGAAGUCAUGUUAGAAUCGAUAUUGUAAUCUGGGCUGUUUAUGGGAUUUCAUAGAAAGGUGGAUACAUAAGGCAACGUUUUUGGUUGAAAUGAGACUGUUCAAGUACUAAAAGUUACAGUUCUUGCACCUGUACCUGAGAAUUCACCAUUUGAAUCUUUCAUCUUGUUUUUCUUCUCUAACAUUUAUCCUGCAGAACAGUUUAUAAUUGCAUAUGUUUUUUCCUACCAAGCCCAAUUGUCAUGUAAACCUUUGAUUUAAAAAAAAAAAAUAUAUAUAUAUGGAUUCUCACAUAAAUCAUUACUGCCUUUUGGCUGCACAAUAAAUGUAGAACUUGACUAAUCAAAGCAUUUUCUUUUUUGACAGUAAACUGUAUAGCGAGUGUUUAAACAGAUCCCUGACAGUUACAAAAUCACAGGAAAUUAUGACAGAACGUGGCUCUUCUAUAAAACAUUUUAGCAUCUUCCAGGUCAAAGUUCUGUUUUCAAGCAACAGAAUGUAGUGCUCUACAAAAAAAAAAAAAAAAAAAAAAA